AUGGUCGAACAAAUUGGCGACUGGUGGAACUCGGACAUAUCCGUUGACGAUGCUUUCCAUGUAACCCAAAAGGCAAGUAACCGUACCCAUCACGGCUACACCCAUCACGGCUACACCCACCACGGCUACACCCACCACGGCUACACCCACCACGGCUACACCCACCACGGCUACACCCAUCACGGCUACACCCACCACGGCUACACCCAUCACGGCUACACCCAUCACGGCUACACCCAUCACGGUUACACCCACCACGGCUACACCCACCACGGCUACACCCAUCACGGCUACACCCACCACGGCUACACCCACCACGGCUACACCCACCACGGCUACACCCACCACGGCUACACCCAUCACGGCUACACACAUCACGGCUACACCCAUCACGGCUACACCCAUCACGGCUACACCCAUCACGGCUACACCCACCACGGCUACACCCACCACGGCUACACCCACCACGGCUACACCCACCACGGCUACACCCAUCACGGCUACACCCAUCACGGCUACACCCACCACGGCUACACCCACCACGGCUACACCCAUCACGGCUACACCCACCACGGCUACACCCAUCACGGCUACACCCAUCACGGCUACACCCAUCACGGCUACACCCAUCACGGCUACACCCACCACGGCUACACCCACCACGGCUACACCCAUCACGGCUACACCCAUCACGGCUACACCCACCACGGCUACACCCAUCACAUGCAAGCGUCCCACCUUGGUAUUGCCCUAAUCUACGAGUUUAUAAACAAUACCAUGACGAAAAAGGAGCAGUGCAAUACUGUGUUCCGAGAUGUCUGGAAAACCUUCGACAAAAAUCUGUCACACAGGCCUAAAAUGCAAGACAUCAAAUCUAGAGCAUUACUACUGAGGUUCACUGCCUCGAUAAACCUUCAUAGACAAGAGAAGAGUUAA